ACAUUCAAAUUUAAAUGGAUUCAUUCUGACGUGUUUUCAGGGCUUCGACGCCGCAGACCACGUCGACCACGAGGAACCAGCGAGAGCCGUCGUCAGGAAAUCUCCACGGCUCCAAAACGCUGCAGGAGGCCAGGGGAGCAGGCUGAGGAGAAGCUCCAGGCCGACCAAACCGACCAGCAGGUAUCAGGCCUCCAACAUGUUCGACGGCAUCGGCACAAACACGGCGAGGUCGGUCCUGAAGAAGAUGGACAACAUGAAGAAGAGGAGGUGGCUCAGCAACAACAAGGAAGGAAAGAUCUACUCUAAAGCUCAGAGGAGAACGCCGGUGCCGUCACAGAGCGACAGUGAGAACGACAGCGGUGGAGUCGAUGACGAGGACAGCAGGCAGGAAGUGGCCACAGACGAAGACAGCAACUGCAGCACCGACCAGAACUUUGAUGCCAAGCUGAGCCGAGCCUCGGUGCUGUACCAGGGACCGAGCAGCGAGUUCCUGAGAGGAACCUUUAGGAUCAGCGCCUCAGGACCAAACACGACCCGCAGAGGAGCUUUCAGACCGACUAAAGGUGUGUGGUCCAAUCAGUCGGAUGAAGACGACUCUGAUCACGAAGAACAGAACGUCUCCGACAGCUCUCGUCGAUUGGGCCUGCGUACAGACGACCGUCUGGGGACUCGCAGGGACAAGAUGAACGCCGGAGCCGGCCUGGCUGACAUCGAUCCCAUGGCCAUCGACCAAUCGGUCGGGUUCGAUAGCAUCGGCGGUCUGUCGGGUCACAUCUCAGCUCUGAAGGAGAUGGUCGUCUUCCCGCUUCUUUACCCGGAGGUCUUUGACAACUUCAAGAUCCAGCCUCCGAGAGGUUGUCUGUUUUACGGACCUCCCGGGACGGGUAAAACACUGGUUGCCCGGGCGCUGGCCAACGAGUGCAGCCACGGCAACAGGAAGGUGGCCUUCUUCAUGAGGAAGGGAGCCGACUGCCUCAGCAAAUGGGUGGGCGAGUCGGAGCGCCAGCUUCGGUUGCUGUUUGAACAGGUGACACAAACACACCUGAAAACACACCUGCUGCCCCCUGCUGGCCGACACUCACAGUCGAGUUUUAUUUGUGUCGUUGCGUGUCGUCCUCAGGCGUAUCAGAUGCGUCCCUCCAUCAUCUUCUUCGAUGAGAUCGACGGUCUGGCUCCAGUCCGAUCCAGCAGGCAGGAUCAGAUACACAGCUCCAUCGUGUCGACGCUCCUCGCUCUGAUGGACGGGUUGGACAGCCGAGGUGAGGUCGUGGUGAUCGGAGCCACAAACCGGCUGGACUCCAUCGACCCGGCGCUGCGGCGGCCCGGACGCUUCGACAGGGAGUUCCUCUUCGGGCUGCCGGACAGAGAGUCUCGUAAAGAGAUUCUGAAAAUCCACACCCGGCAGUGGAAACCUCCUCCGUCUGAAGAUUUCCUGGAUGAACUGGCUGAGAAAUGUGUCGGUUACUGUGGCGCUGACAUCCGGGCGGUGUGCACCGAGGCGGCGCUGUGCGCUCUGCGCCGCCGCUACCCGCAGAUCUAUGGCACCUCCCAGAAGCUCCUGCUGGACGUCUCCUCCAUCACCGUCAGCAGCUGCGACUUUGUGGCGGCCAUGAGGAAGAUGUCGCCGGCCUCCCACCGCCUCGCCGCCUCGCCCGCCAAACCCUUGUCGCCCGUGGUUCACCCGCUGCUGGGAGCCGCCCUGCGCGACAUCCUGGACGCCCUGCAGAGGCUGUUCCCCCACGCAGAGCAGGGCAUGAAGAGGAAGAGGGAGCCGGAUCUGACCUCUGGUGUCCUCGACGACGGCCUGAUGUCUGGUGGAGAUGAGAUCUCCAGCAUCUCAGCACCCUCCACCACCAAGAGCAGAAACUUCCUGCACUUUGCCAGGAGUGCAGUCAAACACCCGACGUCCUACCGUCCCAGGAUGCUCCUGGCGGGUCGCCCUGGCGCCGGUCAGACCUCACACCUGGCUCCUGCGGUGCUGCACACUUUGGAGCGCUUCACCGUCCACAGCCUGGACUCCGCCGUGCUGUUUGGAGUCAGCUGCACCUCCCCGGAGGAAACCUGCGCCCAGGUGUUCUGUGAGGCGAAGCGUACGUCUCCCAGCAUCCUCUACAUCCCACACAUCCAGCAGUGGUGGGAGACUGCCGGGGCCUCGCUGAGGGCCUCCUUCUUCAGCCUGCUGAGCAGCAUCCCCUCCUUCUCGCCCAUCCUCCUCCUCGCCACCUGCAGCGUCUCCCAUCAACAUCUGGACCCGGAGAUCCAGUCUCUGUUUCGGGAGGAGUACGGAGAGGUUUACACCAUCAGCGUUCCCACCCAGCUGGAGAGGACCAACUUCUUCGAGGACCUCAUUCUGAACCAGGCCGUUGAGGCUCCGUCCUCCAAGAAACAACCAUUGAAUCAGGCCCUGGAGAUCCUCCCCGUGGCUCCCCCUCCUCCGCCUCGCCAGCUGUCGGAGCAGGAGCGCCUCUGCCUGGAGGAGCAGGAGGAGGACGUGCUGCGAGAGCUCCGCCUGUUCCUGCGCAAUGUCACAGAGCACCUGAGUCUGGACCGCCGCUUCAAGGCUUUCACCAAACCGGUCGACAUCGAGGAGGUCCCGGACUACCUGCUGGUGAUCAAGAAGCCCAUGGACCUCUCCACGCUGCUGACCAACAUUGACGAGCAGAAGUACGUCACCGUCGGAGAGUUCAUGUCAGACGCCGACCUCAUCUGGCAGAACGCCCUCGAGUACAACCCCGACAGCGACCCCAUGGACCGCCACAUCCGUCACCGUGCGUACGCCCUGAAGGACAUGAUGCGCGCCAUCAUCAGAGACGAGCUGGACGAGGACUUCGAGAGACACUGCAGGGAGAUCAAAGCGUCUCGCAUCACGCGAGCUUCUUCCUGCGAGACCAACUCGGAGGAGGCCGACGGCGUCUGCAGCUCGACGCUCAGCAGAAACAGUCCCGGACCUCGACCUCGUAAGAAGAAACGUUACAAACGAAAGUCCAAGUGGAGCACCGGCAUCAUCAAGAAACCCAAGAGAAAGAAGUUGCCGUUCCCUCCCUCCUCCUCCUCCUCCUCCUCCUCCUCCUUGUUCUCCUCGUCCUCUGUGUCCAGCCGAGGCAACUCUGGGUCAGGACCGGUGGAAAACGGAGGCAUCGACAUGCGAGCGGUGAGCGGCUCCGUGUGCCCGAGCUCAUCCGCCAUGCCGGAGAGCAGCGACGGCGAAGCAGCCGCUGUGAACGGGCAUCAUCACGACUUGAACGGCAUCACAGUUGUACAAAAUGGAGUCCACAUGAACGGGUACCACCGCUCACUCGACCUCCAGCCCGGCGACAGCAUCGCCAAAGGGGGGCUGAACCUAAGGGACCGAGCCCGGGCCUCAAAGACCCCGCCGAACCUGAAGAUGAUGGCGAACGGGGUCCGCCUGAGCAAUACAGGUCUGUAUGCUCCUGUACGGGGACGCCGCUGUGCUUUGCUCUACUAACUCCAGUGACUCCAGACUAAGCUGAGCUACGCUGCUUCUGCAGAUGCAAAGUGUGUAAACUGGAGUGAAAGUGAGACGGCUGCUGCUGCCGCUGAACAAGCUCCAACAGGCCGACGCUUCAGACUCGGAGGCUCCGGGCGCCGAGCCGAGCUGACACAGAGCUGAGCUGAAAACACUUUGUCUGAUACCGUCUCUCUGAAACACACUUCAAACGCUCCGUGAGGGUUUCAGUCGGCAUGGCGGGAUUUCUCCAAAUUAACAGUUUGAGACGUCUUUAACCUGGAAGACUCAGCCAGGAAACACCUGGAGAGAGCGAUCAGAGGCGAGCUGAUUCAACCAACCUGAUGGUUUGUUACUUAGAACCAUCUGGGAAGUCAGGCGAGCUUCAGAUCAGAUCGAUGAACCGUAAAAUGUCGUCAAACUUUUCCCGGCGACAAUCCUCGAUCAAAUACUCUCCACAUCUGAGAUAACUGACGCUCGCAGCAUCGACACGAGCAAACGGUCCCUUAAAGUACGCCUGUGCCUCACGCCACGGCCGCCAGGACGCCGAGUAGUCCGAACCUCUGUGUUUCUGGACACAAGCACAAACUGCUGACUGCUGCUUCCCGACGACUUCCCUACGUUCUGUUAAACCAAAAAAAGCAAAAGUUUUCCUUAUCGAACAGGUAAACACAGAGACUAACACCGUCGCCGUCCUAGUUUGCUCAGAGUAAACCCUGAACAUGC